GCAUGAUAAUAUUUUAAAGCUUAUAGCAUCUAGUUGUUUAAUAUGUACAUAAAAUUUAAAUGUACAUAACACAUUAGAUUAUUUGUUGCUACUAAAUAUAUAUGUAUUAGUCGUACUAUCAAAAAAUUUCUUUACCGGCAUUAUAGAUAGUUGUAAUAAAAUGUCCUCUACAAAGAAUUUGAUCUGGGAUGACUAUUCUAAAGACAUCGAAUCAGGAUUUUGCGAAAUUUUCAAAACAGGACUUUUACAUGAUGUUACAUUGACUUCUGAAGGACAGAAAAUUACAGCACACAAGCUAAUUCUAGCAUUAUCUAGCCAACAUUUUAAAGACUUAUUUUCGGACAAUUCAUCACAGAAUCAAAAUACAAUUGUUUUUGUGGGUAAUGUGAGCUUUCGCGUUUUGAAAAUUUUAGUUGAAUUUAUGUAUACAGGAGAAGUGACAGUGCCAGAAAAUCUGUUAGAGGAAGUAUUAAAAGGAGCUGAAAUUCUGAAUAUAAAAGCACUUAUACCAAAGAAUGUUACAAAUACUGAGACAAAUACUGAUGUGUCUUCAGAGAGUACCGAAUGCAAGAGGUCUAAACGAGUAUCUAAAAUUCCUUUUAGAUAUCAAUCAGAUGAUAUUUUACCUAAAAAGAAAAAAUAUGAUGAACCUGAAGUCAAUCCUAUAUUGUAUGUUGAUAUAAAUGGUUCUAAUGUUGAUAGCGAAAUACAAAAGAAAGGUUUAUAUGAUGUAAAUGAUACAAAUUCUCAUCAAGAUGAUACAGAUCAUUUAAGCUUAGAAGCUUCAGAAGGUUUUGAUGAUCCUGAAAUUAAUGAUAUCAACUUAAGUGAUAUAAAACUUGAAGAGGAUGACAAAAGUAAUAUAGCAGCUUUAAAUCCUACAGGAGCCUCAAGUCUGAAAUAUAUCAGAAAUAAAAAUGGCAACUUUUGUCUGGUGGUCAAUGAUCACAUAUAUAUGAAACAGGCAAUUCAUAAAGAAAGAGUGUUUUGGAGAUGCCAGAUGUACAGUAGAAUGGCAUGUAAAAGUCGAUGUGUCACUGUAGGCAACGUGAUAGUAAGAAAAGUAGCAAUGCAUAGCCAUGCACCCCAGACUGAUAAAGUAAUAGAAUGUGAAAUAAAUGGCGACAUAGUGUACAUGUAGUAAAUACAGGCUGUUAUUUAUAAUCUUCCACAAAAUGAAUUAACCGAAUGAGAUUUAAACUGCGGGAAUAUGAAGUAUAAUACUUUAUUAAAUUGCAGUAUUAUUUUUUAUUAUAUAAGAACUAUGUAUUUUAAGAAUUUAUUGCAGAG